AUGCAAGCCUCAGAAUUAUUCACCGGUUUAGAUGCUCGUCUAGCGGCACGGGAAAACGAGCACACAGGUCCAACAGCGGGGAUAUCGCGGGGAUACAUUCAAUCAAACAUGAUUGUUCUACCAUCUCGCUACGCCAAUGAUUUCCGCGCGCUGUGUGGACGAAACCCAGUCCCUUGCCCUCUAAUCGCAGAGUCCACGACCACAGGCUCCUUCUCCUCCAUAAAAUCAUGCAUCAGGGGCCUUGAAGACAAAGACGUGAUCUCGACAGGGUGCGAUCUACGAACAGACAUCCCACGCUACAUGGUCUACAAGGACUCCGAGCUCGUGGCGUCCCAUGUCACAGACGUCAAGGACCACUGGACAGACGACCACGUUGCUUUCCUCAUUGGCUGUUCGUAUAGUUUCGAGAGCGAACUGAUGAGGGCCGGGCUGCCGCCCCAGCAUGUACUGCUGGGCAGGAAUGUAGCCAUGUAUAGGACCACGGUGCCGUUGUGUCCGGCGGGUGUGUUUGUGGGGGGCACGUACGUUGUUUCGAUGAGGAUGUACAAGGUGAGCGAUGUAGGGAGGGUGAGGGAGCUGACGGGGAGGUUUGGGAUCACGCACGGGGAGCCGCUUGAUUGGGGGUGGGACGCGGUUGCGAGGUUGGGCAUCGGGGAUAUCGGGGAGCCGGAAUGGGGGGAUGCGCCGGUCUUGAGGGGCGGCGGUGAUGGCGAGGCGGAGGUUCCGGUGUUUUGGGGCUGCGGUGUCUCGCCGCUGGAGGCGGUUGUGACGGCGGGGUUGGAGGGUGUGGUUUUGGGGCACGCGCCGGGGCAUAUGUUGGUUUUGGACUUGAGGGACGAGGAUAUUGUUGGUGUUUUGUGA